AUGGACAGGAAUUGCGUGUUAACAUUGUUGGUUGCCAUGAUUGUGGCUUUAAUGGAUCCUGUGUGGAUAUUACGGGCAAAUGCUGCUCCUAUGAAUAAUGGAACUGCAAAUGCGACGAGCACUGUUUUAUCCGACAACGCAACGGCAAGCAAUGGGAGUUUGUCGCUGGGAAAUUUUUCUGCUCCCAACAUGACAGUUUCGUGCAAUGAGACGGCUGUGAAUUGCACGUCGAAGGUGGAAAUUAACAAUGCUACCAUUGAGGUGAAUUUAACCGAUGUUUGCUUAGCAAACGGAACAAACCAACUCAUCAUUUGUAACGGGACUUCGUUAAAUCUUACCAAACGCUGCGAGACAGUAAAAGAGGGAAACUUGACGAUUGUCUGUGUAAAUGCGAGCGUUAAUUCUUCAGCCGGUCUUGUGGUUUCCAAUGCAACGCAAUCUCCCGCCACAUCCAAUUUUACAACUGAUUACACGAAUGCGACAACUACUGCGGCGAAUAAUGUUACAGCACCGUUUAACACGACUGGGGUAUUAACUGCAACCCUAAAUGCCACUUCCACGAAUCAGUCUGCUACGGCUAAUGGAUCAUCGACUCAGAAUCCUAACUCGACAAGCGUUUUAAACUCCACGAUUUCCACCCUGACAGAACAAGGGAACGCUUCAUUUGCAAACGCAACUCAAACAACGAUCACAAAUUCAUCUGCCAGUACUCCGGGCGCUGCACAAAGUAGCAAAAUUCCUAGCACAACACAACAGUCUACGACAACCCAGAUGUCAACGACGACAGUGAAAUUAACAACAACGCCGCAAGAUACAACUCAGAAAUCGACGAUAGAGAAAUCUACAACGCCGAAAUUGACAACAGUGGAAUCAACAACCACAGAGAAAUCUACAACCACCCCAACUACAGAGAAAUCUUCAACGCCGAAAGCAACAACCUCGGAAUCUACAACAAAGCAGACCUCUCAAACGCCGGAAUCAACAACCAAAGAGUCGACAACCAUCAGUACUACAGGUACUACAAAGGAAUCGGUUGUUCCUCCAAGCAUGAAAGAAACUACAAAAGAAAGUACAACCGAAACGACCACUAAA